UUAGCUUGCCCGUUUCCCCCGCAGAAUGGCACGACCUAAGGAAACGUAUUGCCAUGCAUGAUGUGCGGUGUUUGGUUUGGUGUUUUGUUUCCGGGGUUUACAGUCUGGUAACCUGGGCCGAGCGUAGCCUACGGAACCACCGCCACGAGUUGCUAGGGCCGAGGAACUCCGACAUGGAGGGGACCUGAGGGACCCACAGGACGUUCCGAGCUACCGACGCCAACCACAGAUAAAUCAUGUCGAUCAUCCAAAGAUGAUACUCUUAAGGGCUGCACGCUGACGGAUUUUCGAACCACCUGUGAGCCAUGAAUGAGGUGGAUGAACAGGGGUGGGGACACGUCCACCAUGCCGCCUUUAACGGCUACGUCAAGUCGGUGGAGCGCUUCGUCACGGCGAUGGAGGAUCAGCUGGAGUUCACGACCCAGGAUAACCUCCACUCCACCCCGCUGCUGUGUGCCACCAUGUCCGGGAACAUCGAGAUGAUACAGAAGCUCUUGGACCUCGGUGCACAGAUAGACUACAAGGACAACCGUAACCAUGGUGUAGUGGAGAUCGCUGCCACAAAGAACUUUGUAGAAACCCUGGAAUAUUUCAUCAAGCUGAACAACCCCAAACUUCCCGUGUGGAAAAACCUCAUCAAGUUCCUGUCAUCAUCAGAGGACGACGAAGCAGAGGCUGCUGGGAAGGUGCUGAGAAUCUUGACUACAGCAACUCAAGACGGACCCAGCCCCAACCUCGAACCCUUCGUCGACUCGGACGGAGUGCUGGCAAUCGUCAAGGUGAUUACGGGCUUCGUCGGAGAGGAGGCCAAGGUUCAAGCUUUCAACGUCCUGGUGAACAUCAUCGAAAACGAUCGGGUGAAGCAGCAGGUGUUGAAGGGUGGGGGCAUCCCUCCCUCCGUCAAACUCUUGAAGUCGGAAAACAAAGCGUUGCUGCUUCCUCUCCUUGUUGUUCUCAAGGAGCUGUGCAAGGACAAGCAGUACGCAGACCCAGUUGUUGCAAACGGUGCCAUCCCCGCUAUAGUCAAAGUGUGCCAGACGGUCAACGACAAUGACAUUUUCGUGCAGGCGAUCGACGCAUUGGGAAACAUCGCAGAAUCAGAUCCCGAGCAUCGAACGACCGUUGGCGGCACACCGGGACUCUUCUCCACCCUCGUAAAUCUGUUUGAAGACUGUACGUCCAAGGCUUUAGUGCUUUCGCUGACCAUGGCUAUCGCGAAGAUGGUCAGAGGAGACAAGAACAACCAAGAGAAGUAUGUCAAUGAGUACGGGGCCUCACCACUAAUCAUGUUGGUGAGAGUAAGAAACAAAGACAUACAACUCAGUGCCAUUGAAGCCCUAUACUGUUUAGCUGAUGGCAAUGACUUUGCCCAGAAGGCAAUCCUAGAGGAGGGGGCAGUGAUGCCUCUGAUAAAUCUGUUAAAGAGAACACGUGCGCCGGAUGUUCAAGAGAUGUCCGCUAUGGCCUUGUGGGCUCUAGCAGGAGAUGAUUUGAAUGAGAGACGUUCCAUGGCAGGAAUGAUGGGGGUCCCCCUUCUGAUCGAGUUCGUCACCUCCCUGUCGGAAACACUGCACUACAUCGGAGCAGAGGGGCUGGCGGUACUUGCACAGGGUCCCCACAGCAAGGCAACACUGAUCGGUCACGCGAACGGCGUCCAGCCGAUGGUCAGGCUGCUGAAAUCGGACAAGGAGUACAUUGUUGCAUGCGCGAUGAACGCUAUCCGGUACCUUUGCGUGGGGACGGGUUACGUGCCCCAUCCGAAGAACCAGGCAACUGUCCAGCAGGCGAGAGGGAUCAAGUCUCUGAUCGCCCUGAUGGUCAACUCCAGGAAUGAACUCAUCCAGGUGCAAGCAGCCCUGACCCUGGCAUGUGUUUCUUUAGGAAACAAAGAAAAUGAGGAGCACAUUGCAGAGAACCUGGACUUCAGUUUCAUCCAUGUCCUGAGGCUGCUGUACUCGGAGAACGAGCAGGUGAAGCUGCUCGCAGGCGAGGCCCUGGCUGCCUUUGCCUUCAACAACGUCUCGCAGCAGAGGGAGAUAGCGGAGUCCGGCGGCGUGCGCAUGCACAACUUCCUGUCCUUCCUGGAGUCCAAGGAUGAGUACUGCAGGUGCUCAGGGGCAUUCCAGAUUGUUGUCCUGGCGAGGAUCGUGCCUGAUGAAGACCAGGCCUCCUCCUCAGCCAUCGGCAUCAAGCUGCUGGUGGACCUGCUGGAGUUCUCCCAGAAGGAACAGAUCCAGGCGCUGACGUGCGACUGUCUGGCAAGACUGGCACACACCAGAGCAGGAGUUCCGGCAGCCAUAGUAUCCAUCAACGGGGUGGAGCUCCUGUGUCGUCUGAUGAUGUCACAGACCGAGCAGGUGCGGUACUGCGCCGCGGUCGCCCUGGGGUACCUCACUUUCGACCACACUGCGGAGAGGCAGCUGCUGAGAAGAUGCCGUGAGCAGCCCUACCUGGUGAAGGUUCUCCUGUACCACACCAAAUACGGGAAGAUUUCUAAGUCCUUCCUGGAGGGUUGGAACCACUGCAAGCACAUCGGACUCCCGCCCAUACCAGAGAAACCAAAGUUCAUCACAGCCAAAGACAGCAUAACGUACCUGUCUAGUAUCAAGGAGCAGCCGCCGCACGCUCGUCCCCUGACCAUCCUGAGCAUGGGAGCGGACACCGCCACGGGAGAGACGGCCACCACCAGCCGGCACCACAGCUCGCCGCUCGGUCUCUUCCGCGACGACCGCACCGCCACCAACGUCACGGGGAGGUCGUCUCGCGUCUCCAGGGCGACAGCAACCUUUGCACAGAACACGCCGCGAUCCGACGCAGACCUAACCCCCGCAGAAACCCCAAAGAACGAGGACGCUCCUAUGGUGGUGCAGGAUGGGUAAUCUCUAAGCAGAUAUUGGGAUGGAACAUUGUUAUAUUUUCUGGCUGGUCACUUUUUUCUGACAUAGCUGGGAGUCCAGUCUUGUCCACUUACAUGUACGUCUGCUUCCAAAGGCCACUACCCUGGAGUCAAGUCUUGUUUGCUUGAUUCUGCUUCAAAAAAAGUGGACUAAGGCAAACAGGACAGACUUCUAUUCCAUUUCUGAUGACCACUUCCCAAGCUGUCAGAGAAGUCCAGCCAGUCAGAAAACAUUACAAUUUUCUACACCAACGUCUGCUUGGAGAUAACAAGUCCAGUGAGCUAUGUGAGAGCAAGCCAGGAGUUGGCUAUUGGCCAAAGGACUGCCACGUUCUAGUGGCGUGCAUUUUGGGUAGCGACACAGCCAGGAUUUGAACUCACGACUUCUCGAUCCAGAGGCUUUGAGGGCACAGUUCCUACUCGAGCAUGUCACUUGGCUACUCCAUCUCCUAUUAAAAAAAGCUACUGGAGAUUCUAGUUUCCUUUCGCUUGUGAAAAAGAAGAUGUUACAAUGGUUUGGACAUGCUACGAGAGCAAAGGGCACUCUGACUCACACUAUACUGCAAGGAAGGGCGGAGGGUGUAAGACCUAGGGGACGUCCUCGACGGACUUGGACUAGUGAUUUGAAAGAAUGGUCGGGACAAACAGUACACCAGCUAGAAACCUUGGCCAAAGAUAGACGAAGAAAACUUAUGUUGAUGGCAUUGCUGCCCCUACGGCCGAUGAGACUAUGGGACCGGUGAGGUGAGAUUCUAGGACACUCUCAUCAUACUACAGGGUGAAUUUCUAAGACAAUUUGUCUACCUCACGCCAAAGAAGAUUGGGCCCCGAGGUGGACUGGUGACAAAUCUGUGAGCAUCAUGAUAUAGGAGCUUCAAACCCGCACCUACAGGGUUAAAAAUCAUUCUGUAUACUUCUCAUGAUCACCAGUAUAUGACUAUCUGGUAGUGAAACUGCCAAAAGUGAAAACGUCAGGUCAUUUUUUAUCAAUUGUGGUAAUAAAAUGUACAGUUAUUAACUCUAAUAUUUGUGAUCAGUAUAUUUUUGCUGAUUUAGUCAGUAGUAACACUACUUGUGAGUACGUGAACUGCUGUGUUGCCACCGUUUUUGAACUACUCAGCUUAGUUAGAUGUGAUAUCUUAGAGUCUUUUGGAAGAUAAAAGAUCAUGGUAAUAAAUUGUCAGAUUA